GGUUCCAACGCCGAGGGCUCCCCUCCUGAGGCCCUGAAGAGGAAAAGAGCCGAGAAGGCCGUGGUGCCCCCGGAGGGAAAAAGUAGAAGAAGGGGGCCCGACCCGAAAGGGGCCCCGGUUGUCAUUGUGGAGGAACAUUCCUCCAACGAGCCUCCGGCCCAAGCCCCCGGGCUGGUAUGGCCUCAAGACAAUGUGCAGUUCUCCAUCACUAAGGGGACUGCCAUUAUGCACGCUACGCUGAACCCGAGGGAGUUCCUGAGGGGGGCCACCCCCCGACGGAUAAAUCCGUGCUCUCUCGGCAAACUGAAGACGCCCUCUGCUCCAAGGUCCUUCAGGCUUCGGUUACUGCAAGCCUCGGCCUUGGUGAACUCAUUCAGCGGAUGGAGCGUUAUGCCCUUCAAAAGCAGAAGGAUGACGAGUCCUUGGCUGCGGCCCAAAGGCGGCUCCGGGAGGCAGAGGAGGCUUCCAGGGUGGAGAGGGCGGCCUUCGAGAAACUCCUCUAGAAUGCCAAGGUGCUGGCGAAAGCCGGGGGGAGGGCCGGAGCGGAGAAGGCAGCUGCGGAGGCCGCCAAGAAGGCUGCCGAAGAUGCUGAGACUGCCAAGAAGGAGGUGGAAAGCGGUGGAAAGCGGCGAAAGCCGAGGGGAGGGCCGAAGCGGAGAAGGCGCAGCGGGGGAAGCGGUGGCAGCCUUCAUCGCCGAGGGGUGGAAAGCUGAGGCCCAGAGAGCGUGGGUGGCCACGGUUGUCGAGUCCUCCGUGGAGGAAUGGGUGAAAGGCCCCGGGGCAAUGUGGCUGGACCAGAAGCGGAAGGAAUACUAUGAUGUGGGCGAGUACUUCACUCAAGCCCUUAUCUACCGGAGGCUGGCCAGGCACCUAGGGGCAGACCCGUCGGCGUUUGACCCCGCGGCUUAUGGGCUCCCCCCUCUUCAACCGGACACCAGGGUUCCCCAUCCCGAGGGCACCAGCAGGCCAG